GCCCAUCAUCAGUCAACAUGUCCCUACAGAUGAUAACAGUGAAUAAUAAUGCCUCCCUAAUCCAACCAGGUUUCUCUUUGAUGAAUUUUGAUGGACAAGUUUUUUUCUUUGGGCAAAAGGGCUGGCCCAAGAGGUCUUGCCCCACUGGUGUUUUUCUCUUCGAUGUCAAACGGAACCAGCUCAAACUGAAGCCUGCUCUUUUCUCUAAGGACUCCUGUUACCUCCCCCCUCUUCGAUAUCCAGCUACAUGUAUCUUCCAAAGUAGUCUUGAGUCAGAGACAAAACAAUAUAUCAUCCAUGGAGGAAAAACCCCAAACAAUGAACUGUCAGAUAAGAUUUACAUCAUGAGUGCCAUUUGCAAGAAUAAUAAGAAAGUUACUUUUCGUUGUACAGAGAAAGAAUUAGUUGGAGAUGUUCCUGAGGCAAGAUACGGCCACACUAUUGAUGCGGUUUAUAGCCGAGGAAAGAGCAGGUGUAUUAUCUUUGGAGGAAGGUCUUAUAUGCCAUCUGCCCAGAGGACCACAGAAAAAUGGAACAGUGUCAUUGACUGCUCUCCAUGUGUCUUCUUAAUGGAUAUUGAAUUUGGAUGCUGUACCUCCUACAACUUUCCAGAGCUCCAGGAUGGGCUCUCCUUUCAUGUCUCCAUUGCCAAAAAUGAUACUAUUUACAUUCUAGGGGGCCAUUCUCUCACUAAUAAUAGCCGACCUCCCAACCUGUACAAACUCAAAGUGGAUCUGCCAUUGGGGAGCCCCGCAGUGACUUGUACUGUCUUACCAGGAGGAGUCUCGAUCUCCAGUGCCAUCUUGACUCAAACUAAAAGCAAUGAGUUUGUCAUUGUGGGGGGCUACCAGCUUGAAAAUCAAAAAAGGAUGGUCUGCAACAUUGUUACGGUAGAGGACAACAAGAUUGAGAUCCAAGAUAUGGAGACUCCAGAUUGGACCCCUGAUAUUAAACACAGCAAGUUAUGGUUUGGAAGCAGCAUGGGAGAUGGAACCGUUUUUCUUGGUAUACCAGGGGAUAAUAAGCAAACUAUGUCAGAUGCACACUACUUCUACACCUUGAAGUGUGGUGGAGAUGACCCAAUGGAUGAAGAACAGGCAACAGUCUCCUGCAGUCAAACAUCAGCAGAAGACCCAGGUGACUCCACUCCCUUCGAAGACUCAGAAGAAUUUUGUUUCAGUGCAGAAAUCAACAGCUUUGGUGGGGACGAUGAUAUUGAUACCUAUAAUGAAGAUGACGAAGAAGAUGAAUCAGAAACAGGUUAUUGGAUCAUCUGCUGCCCCACCUGUGAUGUUGACAUCAAUACCUGGGUACCCUUCUAUUCCACUGAACUCAACAAGCCUGCCAUGAUCUACUGUUCUCAUGGAGAUGGCCACUGGGUCCAUGCCCAGUGUAUGAAUUUGGCCGAGCAGUUGCUCAUUCAUCUGUCAGAAGGAAGCAGUAAAUAUUUCUGCAAUGAGCAUGUAGAAAUGGCAAGGGGCCUACAAACACCAAAGAAGACUCUGCCUUUAAAAAGAACCCCAUUGAAACCUCUCCGCAAGAAAGCCCCUGUGAAAAUAAUAACUCCAGCCAAGAAAUCAUUUUUCAGAAAGUUAUUUGAUUAGAAUUAUAAACAUUUUGGGAUUUAAAUUCUACACAUCAAUUUUUUAGACCUAAGCUUAAAAAUCACAGUUCUAACACAGGGAAUUUCUGUUUUGUCCACUGAAAAAAAAGUGCAUCUUUUUUUUUACCCUUAUGAGUUUAGUCCUUGAGGAGAGAGAGAGAGUUCAUUAAAUCCAAUUCCAAAUAUAUUUAUUAAUGAAACUAAGUUCAGCAAGUAAUACACAUAGAGGCUUCUAAAUCAUAACUUUGGAGUUAGAAGAAAUCUUCAAGUUCUUUAUUUUACAGAUAAGGAACUAAAAUCCUAGAAAGUUUAUAAGAUUUAUCUGUGAUCACAGGGAUAGUAAGCAAUGGAGCAAAAUUUGAACUCAGAUCCCCUUCAUUUCCAUUUUGUUGAGAAUUUCACAUCUGAAUAUUACCCUUGAAAAACCUUAAAUGUAGAAAUAUACUUAUAAUAGCUUAUGUUUUUAUAGAACUUUUAAUUUUUUUAUUUUAAAAUUUUUCAUGCCUUUUUGGCCAGAGAUGCGCUAUAUGUGAUCAAUAACAUUGAAAGUAACCAAAACAAAUUAAGAUGUAAUUGGGAAUUAUUUGACUAAAUAAAUAAAAGCACAAAAGAGCAUAGAUAAUGUUAAUAUGUAGUUUUCUGAAUCAACAUGGCAGUAUGGAGGGAUCCUUAUGAAAGAGGAGUAACUGAGGUAGGGUUGAGAGGGGUAUUAAUGAGUAUCCAUCACUCUCUCUCUGGAUAUAGAUGGCAUUUUCCAUGCAGAGUUUAUUGGGAUUGCCUUGGAUCACUGAACUUCUGAGAAGAACCAAGUCUGCCAGUGUUAAUCAUUGCAUAAUUUUGCUCUUGUUGUAUACACUGUUUUCCUGGUUCUGCUUAUUUCAUUCAACACCAAUUCAUGUAAAUAUUUCCAGAUCUUUCUAAAAUCAGCUUGUUCAUCAUUUUUUAUAGAACAAUAAUUUUCCAUUAUUUUCAUAUACCAUAACUUAUUUAGCCACUCCUUAAUUGAUAAGCAUCUACUCAUUUUCUAGGAGUUAUCAUUUCUAUUAGAGAUUGACACCACUGUGUUAGGUCUUUCUCUCCUCACAACAAGCCCAUGAGACAGGAUUAAUUGACAAAUGAGAUUGAGAUUUAGGGAACAGUUGUGACAUCUGUGACAUAGAGCUUUAAAAAAAAAAAACUUAGGCCAAAUCUCACAGAACAUUCCCCAAAGCAAGAAGUACAAAACAGCCCCCAAUAUAAAUUUUUAAGACAUUCAUUUGGGAGGAGAAAAGAUAGAUAUUCUGGCAUAGAGCAAAACUAUUCUGCUCAGAGUGGAGAACUCAGAGAUAAUACACAGUGUAGGAUACCCAGGGGGAAGAAAGCCAGCCAUCUAUUGGCAAAGAAAUGCCCUUUAAACUUCACCACCUUGGGGUAAAACUCUGAUCACCCCACCCUAAUUAUGCCUUCUGUUGCCCAAUGUCAAACAGCUAAUUGGUGGCACAGUUGCGACCAGAACCCAGCACUCCUGGUGACCUUUCCUCAACAUCACAUUGAACCUAGAGUCUGUGUCUAGGAUCUCAUUUUUAAUGUCUAUUUAAUGGCAUAGGGAAAAAGGAACAAUUAUUUGUAACAUCUUUCCAGUUUUAGUCAACAUCAGUCACCAUCCCUAAGUGUCUAUACCCUACUCAUCACCAGAGCUUCAGGCUCUGAGCUAAAGCACUGAGCUAAAGACUUAGUUACAAUGAAUUCAGAUGCUAAGCUCAAGCAGAUCACCAGGUGUACCAGGAAGAUCAUACACUUGGGCUCAGAGAAACUUGUUCUGUUCCUGGCUUUGCUACUGACCUUUCCAGGUGAGAGUGAUCUGUCUGGGUUUCAGUAUCUUUAUCCCUAAAUGAUGGGAGGCUGGACUAUUUUAUCUUUGGGGCCUUUCUGGCCCCAACUCCUCCCUUAUAAAUCCCAAGCCUUUGAAGACAAUUUCACAAGAAAUAGAAGAUCAGGACUGUUGAGCCCUAUGAAAAUGAAAGAGGAGUAACUGAGAUAGGGUUAAGAGGGGUAUUAAUGAAAUUACCAGUGUAAAGGCCAGUCAGACAUUUUUACUGAAUUCUUUCAAGAGAAGCUAAAGAUAGUUGAUAAAAUUAAAAAGCAUGUGAUUAAAAAUGGGCAAAAGUGAGGGAAUCUCUUUUUUUUUUAUUUAGUACCUAGUUAACCUAUACAGUUGAUGCCAAACGAUAUUGUAAAAUCAGGGAGCUUAGUAAGGUUCAAUUAGACACUUAACAGGAAAAAAAAUCUUUGUACUAGCUAGAAUGAAACUGGCAAGGACUAUUAAUUUUGAGGCUCCAGGGUUUCCAUUGAUCACUAGACAGGAUUAGAAAUAAACAUUCCCCUCUGAUGGAGUGUUUUCUUAAGAAAGAAUUGCAUCUUCUCCUAAAAAACAGCCUCCCAUGGCUGGUUAUCAAUCUUCAUCAAACACCUCUCAGAUGCCACAAAGACCCAAACCCUGUGGAGAUGGAGCAAGACAACCCACAUUUCUUCCACUGUAGCUUCAUCUUCCAACUCCCAAAGAUCAGCAAUGUAGCCAAAACAGCACGUAUUUAUGGUGUGAAGAAGAAUAUGACUUCUGAUUCUCAUCUCCAAACACCAUCGACAAGAGGAUCCGAAGACUGUGACUUCUAAGUGAUUCUUUACAUUGUGGUGCUCAUUCCAAAUGCCAUCAGCUUAGAGCACUGGACAUGGAAAGAACCAAUCUCAAAUCUGGCCUUAGUCUUACUGGUUUGGGAACCUUGAGCAAACCAUUUAAUCCUAUCUACCUCCCUUUCCUCAAUUGUAAAGUUAGAAUAACAACAAAAGCUAUUUCUCAGCAUUCUUUAUAAGAAUCUUGUGAGAUAAAUUUGUAAAAAAAAAAAAAAAAAUCUCAACACAGUGACUGAUACAUAGAAGGUGCCUAAUAAAUGCUUGUUUCUUCUUUAUGGUAUUCAUUCUCAACUGCCAGUGUGGAUAAUCCUAUCUUAUAAAACUAAUAAAGUCUAAAGAGUU